UACAAAAAUAUAAUAUAAGCCUUCCAUGCAGCUGCCGCGGCGCUACUAAUACAAGAUGGAAGCUCCCCAAGGAUUCCAUCCAUGCUGCAAUCCCCUCCUCCCGCACGCUAAAUCUUCUGGCAAUUGUGGAGCACGCUGUGACACCGAAAACAUUACGCCGCAAUGCAACCCCUGCCUGCAUUCCCUGUCUAUGGUGCCCAGAAGAAGGAGAAAAAGAGAAAAGGAGACUAGCUGAGGGAAAGGAAAGGAGAGGAGAAGGAAAUGUGAGCAGAGCAAAAGGAGAGGAGAAUGAAAGGAAAGGAGAGCAGAGCAAAAGGAGAGGAGAAGGAAAGGAAAGGAGAGCAGAGCAAAAGGAGAGGAGAGCAGAGCAGAAGAGAGAGAAAAGGAGAGGAGGGGAAAGCAGAUAUAGAGCAAAAAGAAAGGAGGGGAAAGCAGAAGGAGAGCAAAAGGAGAGGAGA